CACAGAUGGACAGGAAAGGAAACCGAGAGAUGAGCCCCUGGUAGCGCGAGAAGCAUCUUCUAAAAUAGAAACAGAAGCCGCUACUUCUGCUCCAGAAACGGAAAACUACAGUUUUGCACAGUGCUAUGCUGAUUUCACGUUUUAUAUCGCAGAAAAUUGAGGGAUGGUUGUGAGUGAGUGAGGAGGGCGGAUCUUUGCAGAGAAUGCUUGCAAAAGCCAAGGCGUGCGCUGUCCCAAGAGAACUCAUUUGAAGAGCUUCCAGAGAGAGAGAGAGAGAGAGACCGGAAUGCCGGGCAACAUCGCUCCUCCGGUUCACCUGCGAGGCUGAAGCAGGAGAAAUCCAGGGUUGUGGGUCCCACGGGGGACCAUAACGGAAGUGUAUGCAGUCACUGCUGUUUUCCUGAGCACCCUCUGUCUGUGAGUGUGUGUCUGAGUGUGUGUGUGUCUUAGUGUGUGUGUUAUGGCCUCUGGGACGGACGACCCAUACCGUAAGAUGCUAAUGCUAGGGGCCAUCGCCGCGGCGUCAGCCUUCGUGGUCACAAUCUUCAUCGUGGUGGUCUGUGUGGGCUGCCAGAGGAAAAACAAGACCAAACAUCCUGUGUCCAAUGGAGAGAAGGGUACCUCAGUAGAAAUGGGUGCUCUCCGUCAGCCCAAGAACAGUUCCAUGAGUAAAUCUGACACCAGGCUGCAUGAGAUCAACCGCCUGCCUUGCAACGGCAACAGUGGGGGUAAGAAUCGUCCAGCCAGUAUGGACCUGCUCCUCCUCCAUAGCCGUCGCUCCACGUCUGACCUCCGCCCACCCCUGGUCCGCCAGCUUCCACAGAUCCCCAACAGACCAGUGGGGAAGGGAGACCCCGAGGGGGGAGACAUUCGGGGGGGAGGAGGAGACGGGGUCAGAGACCACACCUACACUGAGGUGGGAAUCCGGAACUCACCCGUCCGUUGCCUUGAUGAUGGGCUGUAUGAGGUUGUAGGGGUUCGAGAGGCAGACACGGUGCCCCCCGCUCCCCCUCCCACGUCGGCCAACACCCCGGCAACACUAAGGGCUUCACAGUGCCCCGAUGGGACCCGCACCAACGUGGUCCGAAAUGAGAAUGGGAAUGGGAAGGGCAGGGGGAACGGCAGAGGGGCUGUUAAUGGCUGUAGCACACUUGGUAGAGGAGGAGGGAAGGGGCCCAAUGGUGCUAACGGUGUUAACGGAUCUAGCGGCUCGCCCUUGUCCUCCCUUCCCUCCCUGGCCAUUCAGGACCCAGUAACGGCAGAGUACGCCUCCAUCCGGAAGGUCAAGAAGGUGAACAAGGCAUCGAAGAACGAGAUAGGGAACACAGAGUCAGAUGACCAAUCAAGUGUCCAAUCAAGUGUGGGAGAGUCACCCUCUGCCCCGCCCCCUCUGCUGCCCCGCAGCCAGGAGGUUCCACGGAAACAGCUGGAGCCAUUCCACCUGCACGUCUUCCCGAAGGAGACGGUAUUCAUGGGGAAUGGGGAACAGUACAUCUGGAAGCCCCCAGAGGAUGAUGACAUCAUCACCCUGCACCGAGCGCCUGCACCCCCGGGGGAGAACGGACAGGGAUACACACCUACAGCCAUGGAGAUCACAGACACCUACUCCACCGUGUGUAAACCACAGAAGAAGAAACCUUCCCCAGACCACAGCGCAGCCAAGACCCUCCCCCGCAACCACUGCUCUGGGGGGAAGAAUGGAGGAGGUAGGGGAGGAGGAGCAGGAGGGAACGGGGCAUGGGGUGGCGGUCGGGGGAUCCAGGGUGGCCAGGCCCGAUCCCAUGAGGAGCCCUGCUACGAGCCCGUCGGCGACAGGUCCUGCCCCCCCUGUGUGGUGGCCGAGUCGGACCCGGCGUACGCCACUAUCGACUCCCACCGGAAACAUGAGUGGGCCGGAACCAAUAACGGUGCGCUGGGGGCGAACGCUACACUAAGGCCCAGGAAGAAGCCUCCUCAGCAGGGAGCAUCGUCUCCAGAGGCCCCAUGCCCCCAGGGACCUCCAGCAUGCCCCCCGGCCCCUCCAUCUAGGGCCUUGCCUGGGGGGGAGAACUUCUAUGAGACCAUCAGCGAUGUGAAACAGGGGGCCAACAGUGCCAGCACCACCACCAUCUUCACCUUCAACGACGGGAUGGAGAUGUAUGUCACUGGCCUGUAGCUGAGAGACACUGGCUCACACACACACACACACACACACACACACACACACACACACACACACACACACUGGGCUGGGUUCUGACCUGUUUGGGUUCUUCUGACCCUGUCUACACCUUCUUUACACUAUGAAAGUGACUGGAAGCAAUGUACAUAGAGACCCACAGUGGAGGUGUCAUAAUACCCAUAAAACCUAGAGUUCAAACAGGGAAAUGGUUCCAAUCGUUUUUCUCCCAUAAAGUUUUCCCAUAGGAGAUGUUAGAAACACUUCAAAUUAGGGCUUUGUUUCAUGUAGGCUUACCCUGGCGUGACAUGUAAAUGUUCAUCUCGUACAAGGGGAAUUUUACCAAUUAGUCUCUAUUUACUCUCAGAUUCUAUAAUGCAAAUUAGCAUCAAAAAACAGCAAAUCCAUGCAAUCUCCUGCACCAAGCCAAAUUUGUGUCAUCUCUAGCUGACACCUUUGCUAACAGGUAUUGAGUCAAUUUAAAAAUUGCACCAGACAGUUCACAGAAUUGUCCAUUUAAAGAAAUUAGCCAAUUUAUUCCUUACUACAUUUAGCUCAAUUGGGCAGUCUCGUCCACAUCAUCAAUGCAUGUGUAGUUCUUUAUGAUAGCCAAAUUAACAACUAAUUACAAUUUCAUUUUUGGGCAAGAAAUACAGUUAAAUAUAUGGAUAGAAUUCACCUUGUCUAUAGAGAUUUACACGCUUAUCAAAUCUUACAUGAAACACAGCCCUUAUUUAAAGUAUUUCUAAAAACUCCUAUGGGGAAAUGUAUGGUAGAAAAACAAUUGGAACCAUUCCCCUGUUUGACCUCUAGGUGUUAUAGGUAUUAUGACUCGUACUGUGAUACUCCAUAGCAGGGUUUCCCUAACUCGUUUCUGGGGCCCCCCUGGGUGCACGUUUUGGUUUCUGGGGCCCCCCUGGGUGCACGUUUUGGUUUCUGGGGCCCCCCUGGGAGCACGUUUUGGUUUCUGGGGCCCCCCUGGGAGCACGUUUUGGUUUCUGGGGCCCCCCUGGGUGCAUGUUUUGGUUUCUGGGGCCCCCCUGGGUGCACGUUUUGGUUUUUGCCGUUUCACUAUACAGCUGAUUCAAAUAACCAAC